AUGGGUGGUUAUAUCUCAUCGCCUCAUAUAUUAGUACGUAGAAAUGGUGGUGAAUAUGAAGUGGGAUGUGAGGAUUUGAUGAUUGAUGGGACGGUUUUAGGUGAUCGAGGCAUUUUCAUGCGAUUGUAUUAUCCAACAGAUCAAAAAGUAAGGGUUUUUUUUAAUGAAGUUGCAGCAUUUUCGGUUUUUUAUUGGGUUGAAAGAAAACUCGUAAAACACUCUUUCUUAUACAUGUUUUGUUGCAAUAAUAAAACGCACAUAAACAUGUUUCAAACAGGGACGCGAGCGAAUGCGCUCUAUUGAACUGAUGUGUGUCUAACACUCUCUCCUUUUUGAAUAAUGUUUCUCUCGUCAGUGUUAUUUUUCACAGGAACUGAUUCUGAAUAUUAUAAAAUAGUGUUUUUCAGUGAUUUGUGAAGAAUAAUUGACCAAACUAAGAUUUUGAAUUUGAAAAUAAGUGAAAAUCGUUUCAGAUUUUUGAAAGUAUCAUUCAAAGUUAGAAAAUUUAUCCAUAUUAAUUUCUGACAUGUGAAAUGGGUUCUUUGUUUUUUUCUGAAAUCAAGUUUAUCAGCAAUUUACACACAUUUUUCAGCCCGAAAACUUGCAAUCUCACCCAUUAUGGUUACCAAGACCACAAUAUGCUCAUGGUUUGGGUGAAUAUCUCGGACAAUCUCCUCAGAAAAUGAACUUGAUGACGUGUACUGUAGUUGGUGAGAAAAGGUAGGUAUUCUUAACCCAUAUUUCUUACCCAUAUGAACCUUUAUCAUUUUCCAGAGAAGAUUGUAUUGAACAUGCACCAUUAUCAACAAAAUUGGAUAAAUGGCCAGUUAUUGUGUUUUCACACGGACUUGGAGGUUCACGUAAUUUUUAUUCAACUUAUUGCACAUCAAUUGCGUCACAUGGCUAUAUUGUAGCUGCUGUUGAACAUAGGUGAGAACAGUUGUCGGGGUUUUUUGCAGAAAACAUUGAUUUUUCAGAGAUCAAUCAGCUUGUUGGACAUUUAACUUGAUUGAAAAAAAUGGGGAAUUAGUUGAGCAACCGAUCAAAAUCAAAUUGAUUGAGAAGAAUGAGAAAAAUGAGUUCAAAAUUCGGAAUCAACAAAUUAAUAAAAGGGUCACAGAAUGUGUGAAAGCUUUGAAUGUUUUGGAACAAUUGAAUCUCGGAAAAGUGCCAGAGAAAAUUUUGAUUGGAAAGAAAUUUGAUUGGAAUCAAUUCAAAAAUAAAUUUGUGAUGCAAACUGCGGCUGUUGUUGGACAUUCUUUCGGAGGAGGCACUGCGCUUGCGUCAACAGCUUAUACAACUGAUUUUCAGGUGAGUGAUGAAUUUCAGAUCUACUGAAAAUUCGAGGGUUAACAAAAUAACGCUAGUUUCAUUUUUUCCAGAAAGCAAUUGUUAUGGAUGGUUGGAUGUUUCCUUUAGAUGUAAAUCAACAAGAACAAUCAAAUCAACCAACAAUGUUCAUAAAUAUCGGAGAUUGGCAAUGGAAUGAAAAUUUGGAUGUUAUGAAAAGAAUAUUCCCACACAACGACAAAAAUGUUCUUUUCACAAUUAGCGGAGGAGUUCAUCAAUGCUUUUCUGAUUUUCCAUUUAUUUUUCCUCACUGGCUCGCAAAAAAACUUGGAGUUCAGGUAUAUACUAAUUUUUAUAAUUUUUUUCUAGAGAAAACAAACGAUUUUUUAGGGUCCAACAGAUUCAAAUAAAUGCAUUGAAGCUGCAGUUGCUUUAUCAUUGGCGUUUUUGAAAAACGGAAAAGAGGAGGCUCAAAAAACGAUGGAACAACAUUAUUCGAGUUUUAUGAGCAACGAGGUUUACGGUCGCGAAAAAUUCAAGCUCUAA